CUCAUAUAAGCUCUCAGUUUCAUGAAUGCGAUAUCCAGAAGAUAAGUUGCGUGUGAAAUUAUCUGUAAAAGUACUAAUAAUGAAUGCAUUGUCUUUAUCUUCAAAACGAUGUCCUAUUUCGUCUUUUCCUUGCAUGAAUUCCGGGUGAGUGAAUGCUAGACAUUUAUAGGGCUGCCAUUGGCAGAUUGGAAGGAGCUGGGCGUCGUAAGGGUCAGCCAUAAAUAUAUAUAUAUCGACUGGUUAGGUUUUUGUACUCAUGUGCAUGGCAGCAGCUGGUAAUAUAUCAAAGAAUCGCCGGAGCGGAAUGUUUCCUAACUGGAAAUAUGAUCAGCACCGGCGGCCGUCGAGUUCUGUGGCAGGUAGGAGACCGGCGCACUUCUUCAAGAUAAUGCUCCCCUCUGCCAUGGCCCAAAAAAAACUGAGGAUCCCCGUAAAGUUUGUAAGAUUAUUUGGGGAUGAAUUGCCAACCGUUGUAACACUCAUUCUUCCUAAUGGUUGUAGUUGGCAAGUGGGAUUGGAAAGAGCUACUCAUGAGAAGGAGAUUUGGUUUCACAAGGGUUGGCAUGAUUUUGUAGAAUAUCAUUCUAUAGAUUCUGGCCACUUUUUAGUCUUCAGAUACGAAGGAAAUUCAAAUUUCCAUGUUCUUGUAUUUGACAAGACUUCUACUGAGAUCCAGUAUUCAUCUAAAAACUUGGACGAUGAUCACACGAUUAUGGUAUCAGAUGAUGAUGUAGAAAAAUCAAGCCAUGAUGACAAGUCGAAAGAAACUCGUGAAAUUAUAUUGUCUAAACAUAAAGAUGGAGAAACAUCUGAUCAUGAUAGGGAAAGACCAGUAGUACUUUCUGGCACAUCCACGAAAGAAAGAAGUCUCAGGAUGUCCAGAGGAAGAGAGAGAGCAAUCCAAGCAGCCAUAACUUUCAAGCCUAAAAAUCCUUCGUUCAUGCGUAUCAUGCCGCGGUCAUCUGCAUCUUAUCGUAUGUAUGUGCCUAGUGGAUUUGCUACCAGCUAUCUUUCUCUGAAUCAAAGUAUCAAACUUCAGACUUCCGAUGAGAAUGAUGGACAACGUGAGUGGCAUGUCAUAUGCCGUUGCCAUCAUAACAGGCAGCCGAGGUUGUCACUUAAACUAGGAAGUGGGUGGAAAGUCUUUGCAAGGGACAACAAUUUGAAAGAAGGAGAUGCCUUUGUCUUUGAGCUCGUCCAGAGGAACCCAACUGUGCUUAAAGUCUCCAUAUUUCGCGUAGUUGACUAUGUUUGAACUUGCAGUACGUAAGCUAAUAAGUUAACUUGUCUAUAUAAUAUAGUACUCAGGCCAAUGUUCAUGUUAAUUUGAUGCAGUCUGUCUUUUCUUUGUUUUGUUUUCUUGAAGAAGGAUACUUUUAAAGAUUAUUAAGUA